AUGAUGAAACAUGCCUGGUUUAAUUAUAAGCGUUAUUCUUGGGGAUUAAACGAACUGAAGCCCAUAUCAAAAGAAGGCCAUUCGAGUAGUUUGUUUGGCAACAUCAAAGGAGCUACAAUAGUAGACGCCCUGGACACGCUGUUUAUUAUGGGAAUGAAAGACGAAUUUCAAGAAGCCAAAGCAUGGGUUGAAAAAAAUUUGGAUUUCAAUGUGAAUGCUGAAAUAUCUGUGUUUGAAGUAAAUAUACGCUUUGUUGGGGGACUGCUCUCAGCCUACUAUCUGUCUGGAGAAGAGAUAUUUCGAAAGAAAGCAGUGGAACUUGGGGUAAAAUUGCUACCUGCAUUUCAUACUCCUUCUGGAAUACCUUGGGCAUUGCUGAAUAUAAAAAGUGGGAUUGGAAGAAACUGGCCCUGGGCCUCAGGAGGCAGCAGCAUUCUGGCAGAGUUUGGAACCCUGCAUCUGGAGUUUAUGCACUUGAGCUACUUAUCAGGAAAUCCAGUGUUUGCUGAAAAGGUAAUGAAUAUCCGAACAGUCCUGAACAACCUGGAGAAACCACAAGGCCUUUAUCCUAAUUAUCUGAAUCCCAGUAGUGGACAGUGGGGCCAACACCACGUGUCAGUUGGAGGUCUUGGAGACAGCUUUUACGAAUAUCUGCUAAAGGCGUGGUUGAUGUCUGACAAGACAGAUAUUGAAGCUAAGAAGAUGUAUUUUGAUGCUAUCCAGGCGAUUGAGACUCACUUGAUCCGAAAGUCCAGCGGGGGGCUGACGUACAUCGCCGAGUGGAAAGGAGGCCUGCUGGAGCACAAGAUGGGCCACCUGACCUGCUUCGCGGGAGGCAUGUUUGCCCUCGGGGCGGACGGGGCACCCGCCAGCCUGGCCCAGCAUUAUCUGGAACUCGGAGCUGAAAUCGCCCGGACCUGUCAUGAAUCUUACAAUCGCACCUAUGUGAAGCUGGGGCCAGAAGCUUUCAGAUUUGACGGUGGAGUUGAAGCCAUCGCUACAAGGCAAAAUGAAAAAUACUACAUCCUACGACCAGAAGUUGUGGAGACUUACAUGUACAUGUGGCGGCUGACUCACGACCCAAAGUACAGGAAAUGGGCCUGGGAGGCUGUGGAGGCCCUGGAAAGCCACUGCAAGGUGAACGGAGGCUACUCGGGCCUGAGAGACGUGUACCUGCGGCACGAGAGCUACGACGACGUGCAGCAGAGCUUCUUCCUGGCCGAGACGCUCAAGUAUUUGUACUUAAUAUUUUCUGAUGAUGACCUCCUUCCACUGGACCACUGGAUAUUCAAUACCGAGGCACACCUCCUCCCGAUCCUCCAUGGGGACAAAAAAGCAGUUGAAGUCAAAGAAAAAUAAGAGGACCCUUUCUAUUUGACUCUGCUCCAUCCCCUUCACGGCAUACCUUAAUCUUUCCUUUUCUGGUAUUCAGGCAUCUGAUACAUUUUUAUCCAUACAUCUGUGGGUAUUCUAAGUUUUAAAUUGUUUUUGCAGUCUUUUAUGUUUAUUACUGUAAGCAUAGAUGGACCUAAAUUUCUCAUCAUUCCCCAGGGCUUUUCUUUUCUAAGCAGUCUAUUAUCUCUGGAGUUCAUAAAGUCACAGUGUCAUUUGGAUGGUAUACCCAUGACCUCUUAAUUACAAUUUUGAUUUGACUGCAAAACCUUUUCCUCCUCUGUGAGGAGAUGACGUCUGCUUUAAGCUGUAAUGUUUUGCCAUGUUGCAAAAAGCCAUAAGAAUAAAUUAAGUAUUAAAAAAAAAGCUUUUUUUUUUUUCUUUUCAGCUUCAUGUUAACCUGGUUUGUCUACCCACCAGAGACAGAUCUUAUAACUGUGACAGCCUCCUUCUGAUGCGGGUCUAUCAUUGUUUGCUAGAGUGUCCUCUAAAUCUUCACUCGCAUUAUAGUGCAAAUGAGAAAGCCAUCCCACCAAGAUCAUCUCAUGUGGCUCUUCUUCCUGUGCAACUGAAGUAUAUUUUUGUUGAUUACUUAGUAGUAUUCUUCUUGAUUUGUUCUUGGAUUUUACUCUGCCUUGUAUCGUUUAUGAAUCACGUGUUGACUGAUUUCUUCCAUGCCUGCUGCACAGUCAGGUGGACUAGCAGGGUUUGCAGAGCUCAGCUCCCCCAUCUAUAUUUUUUAAAGAGAAAUAAUGUGAUGUUUUGGGGGUGUUCGGGCUUGCUUUUAACCGAAUAGUUGGAGAAAGAUAAAAAGAGGUUAUUUCAAUGGCCUUUUAGUUUAUGUGUGUUGGUAUUUUAUCCUGAUUUUUGUUUUCUUGAG